GUCUCUAUUCUCGAGAAAUACACUCAUUUGCAAAUCAAUUUGGUUUUCACGAGAGACUCAACUGAACCUCUCGUUUAUGAUAUUCUACAACUGAAUGUGCUGCAAACAGGCUGCCCCAUGUUUCGGUUGGCAACUCGGGGUCUGCGCCCGCCUGUAUACACCCAGAAAUCGAUAUGUGGUCACUAUGUUUUUAAGAAAGAGAAUAACCACGGUAUUCUGAAACUACUCACGAAGCAUCUUAAAACACUCCGACAGCCCACGACCAGUUUUGCCCUUCUUUGGACUCAUCAGAAAUACACUCAUUUACAAAUCAAUGUGAUUUUCACAAGAGACUCAACUGAAUCUCUCGUUUAUGAUAUUCUACAACUGAAUGUGCUGCACACCGGCCGCCUACCUGAUGAACCUAUAGGGGCGAAACCGGUCGUCGCCUCAUUUUCAUCUGGUACGAUACUCGAGAUCCCGCAGUACGUUUUCUUGGACGAAACAGCUCACACAGGGUUGUUGACAGCUCAUGACCGAUUUCAACCUUCCUGUUUGAGCCAGUUAGGUAGGUGCAGUUCCCGAGUUUCCGUUAGCCUUGUGUUCUACUUGAACUUAAACUCUGCGAAAUUCGCGAACCAGACUCAUUUGUACACACACCCGAAUUCAACCUACCUGUUUGAGCCAAUCAGAUUCUUGAUUCAGAUACUCAUCAAAAACCGAGUAAAACGUCUUAAGUUACGCCGUGCAAAGCGUCUUAAGCCAAGCCCAAAGCCUGAAUCGCUUAGGCUGGAUACCAGAAACUCCUCGACAGCCCACUACAGAUUUCGCUCCUCUUGGGGAUCACCACCUAGGCGCAGUUUUCGAGUUUCCGUCAACAGUAUGUUCCACUUGAACACAAAUUUAACAGAUUUCGAUAAAUACACCAGUUUGGUUUUCACAGGAGACGCAACUAAAUCUCUGUUUAUGAUAUCCUGCAAC